AUGGCGUCACUGAGCAAUGGACAGUUGGCCCAGAUUGUCAAAGGCCUGAAUACCGUCAGGAGCGCACAACAUCGACGACGGGCAGUUGCGGCAGGCGUGUUCUUUGCGUACGACUGGAUGCUUACAUUGGGAAUGGAAAUCGAGCUCAUCUGGAAGGCGAAAUGGACGUACAUUAAGGUGUUAUACCUUUUUCAAAGGUAUCUUACUUUCUAUGAUACAUUCUAUGCCUCCUACUUGCUUAUGUUUGGGAAGAACUUGAGCAAGGAAACGUGCAAGAGCUUGUUCACGCAAAUGCGAGUUUCGUAUCUGGUCGGUAUCAUAGCGGCUGAAACGCUAUGCAGCAUACGAAUCUGGGCCGUGUGGAAUAAAGACAGGCGCUUUUUCAUCAUUCUCCCCAUAUGCGCGAUAUGCAUUUGGGGUCCGGCGACCGCCGCCAUGGCCUCUGCCAUCGUUGUAUCACAAUACACAGACGCUCCUUACCGUGGCUUCGUUGGAUGCUUUAAUACCAACGCAAAAGAUAUCCAUCUAGAAUAUGUUUGGGCAUGUCUUCUUGCCUACGACGCGAUAUCAUUGGUUUUGGUCAUGAUUCCAGGAAUCCGUAUUUAUCACCAGGGUCUAAUUGGUCGUUCUCGGUUAUCGCACGUUGUUUUCCGCGAUGGUGUAAUCUACUAUAUUACUCUGUUCCUUUUCUCACUCCUUAAUAUCAUUUUUUCCGUUUCAUUGGAGUCCGCCACACGAUCCUCCCUCGCAAAUAUGGGUCGUGCCCUACAUUCGACUCUCGCAAGUCGUGUUGUGCUUCACAUGCGUGACACAGUACACACACCACGCUCAGACUACGAAGUGGCUGCAAAACAUAUGAGGGCAUCCAACGUGCAUUUCACGAGGACUGUUCACAGGGACGACGGCGCAGUCAUCGAAAAUGUCAUUUCAGACGACUUCAUGCAUACCAUGCAUACCACUACUGAUGGUAGCGAUACCUUGUAG